AUAUCUAUAAAUAUGUUCCAAUCUCAUUUCAUUAAUUGCCACCGAAAAAAAGGGAAGAGAAAGGGUAAAAUGGUCAACAAAAACUCUGCCUCCGAAGUGGCCUCCGACGACGAUCUCCUGACGGAGAUUUUCCGACGAUUGCCCGUCAACUCCCUCCUCCGAUUCAAAUCCGUUUCCAAGCGGUGGCUCUCCCUCAUCAACCACCCAUACCUCCACCGCCGCCGCAGAAAACCCAUCUCCGGCCUAAUCUUCAACAACCCGAACCCGACCUCGAGUGUCCCGGAGUUCGAUUUCAUACCGUUGGAUGGUUGCCCCGCUCCAUUCACGACUCUGGAAUUCGCCGGAGACAAGCCCGGAAUGACAAUCCUCUCAUCCUGCAACGGGCUUCUAUGCUGCUGCUCCACCAACUCCGGCAGCUACUACGUUUACAAUCCCACUACCCGGAGCUACGCCGGAAUUCCGAAACCCCCCUUCUCGGAAAAACAGGGGAGGAACAGAGUCAACGCCGUCACCCUAGCAUUUGAUCCCGCAGUUUCGCCGCAUUUCACUGUUGUUCUCGUUGUCCUCUCCGACGAUUCCUUGCCCGGCCCGUUUCACGUCAAGAUCUACUCAUCGGAGACCGGAAAAUGGAAGAAAUUACAGAGGCCGUUACCCAAGGACCUCAAUUACAAGCUGGGAGUGUACUGGAACGGCGCCGUCAAUUGGCCCGCCACCCAUGGCCGGCACGGGUUAUACUUCAACGCCGAGAAGGAGAGUUUCGGGGAAUUUCCGAUGCCUCCACUGCCCGCCCAGAAAAGGGUGCGGUAUAUGCAGGAAUCCUCCGGCCAUUUGCACCUCAUCGACGUCCACGGUCCCCGGACGGCGCAAUUCGAGAUCUACGAGAUGGAGAGGGACUACUCCGGCUGGGCCGUGAAGUUCCGGGUGGACAUUGAAAGCGUGAUGAAAGCAUUCCCGGAGUCGAUCAACAAGGAUCUGAGAGAGUCCGACCCGUUUUAUUACAGGUUCCUGACAACGGCGGUCAUCCGCGGCGGCGGAGUGGGGGGUGAUGCGGCGGCGGAGGAGGAGGAUUCGUUCCUGGUGUUUAGUGUUCCCGGGAAAGUAAUACGGUACGGUUUGGCGGGAGAGAGGAAGAGAUUCAGUGUUAUAAGGGAGUUUGGGUCGGAUGGUUUUGGUCAGUGUGGGCGGAUGUUAGGAUGGUUUGAUUGUUUUCAUUUCAUUGAAUCCUUCUCCGACCCCAUCUUCCCAAAAACUCAUUCACUUCAUUAAUCAAUCUUUUCAUAUUACUAAAUCAAUAAUAUACAAAAUUAAGUGCAUAUUUUAAUGAUAGUUUAUUGAUUUUAUGAGAAGAUUUGUGUUUCACAUAAUACCUACAUUGAUUUAGUGAAUAGACUUUUUAGUAUCAAAAGUUGAAAAAGUUAGCUACCAAAUAAAUUGACAUUAUCUAAUUUAAGGUAAUAUAUAGCCGGAACGAAUAAAAUAGGUUCUCGAAAUUAUGAAAAUAAUGAUAAAAGCUAAGAAAAGACGAAUUGGGUC